AUGUCUACCUCUCGCGACCGUGUCGAAGACACGUAUGAACGACAAAAUGAUCAACGUCUGGACGAUCUACACUCAAAAAUAAGGACGCUCAGAGGGGUAACAACAGACAUUCACGACGACGUCGAACGACAAAACCUCAUGCUCGACGACACAUCAAAUACCUUUACCUCUUUCGCCAACUCCCUCACACAAUCAUCGAGAAGAGCAGCUCAUGCGUUUGGGUUAACGUCAGGCGGUGUCAAAAGCUGGCGCGUGGCGAUGUACGUUGUAGGAGCGUUUUUGUCGCUGUGGAUAAUGGGCAAGAUAUGGUGGUGGUGGAGUGCUAGUGGAGAGACAGUGGCUUGA